AUGAAUCAAGGGUCCCAUUGUUCAAUUAGUCGUGGCGGUUCGUCUUCUUCAAGUGCCAAAGCAGAAGAAGUGAGGAAGCCACAAGUUGGCCUGAGAGACAUUUGGUCUGCUUACGAAGAAUGGAGCAGCUACGCCGUAGGCGUUCCUCUUAAGCUGGAGAACACAAAAUCGAUUGAUACUACUCAGCACUAUGUUCCUUCCCUCUCUGCGAUCCAAAUUUUCACCAACAAACCCUUCGUCGGCGGAUCUUCUUCAAGGAGCUUUGGUACGGACUGUCACCUUUAUUUCGAGUACAAUGAGACAAUGAGCUUUGGUGAUAGGCCUCCUCUUACUAUUAAGGUUGAUGAGCUAGCUAAGAAGCACCAUGGAUUGAAUAGUCUUACAAGCUCUGAUCUUUCCCAGAGCAGCUGGUUUUCUGUAGCUUGGUCUCCUGUGUAUCCAAUUCCAGAAGUGCGAAACGUCAAGGCAUUAUCUGUCUCUUUCCUAACAUACCAUUUAUUGACACCCCUCUUUCCAGAAACAGUUGAUCAAGAGACAAAUGUUGUGCUCCCUGCUUUUGGAGUUGUGACUUCGAAGCUCCCCGGAGAAGUUUGGAUCAUGCCAGAGACCUCAGACCAAGAGAAGAUCAACAUGCAUGAAGAAUCUGCUUCCUCCUGGCUGGGAACACUCAAGUUCAGCCACAGCGACUUCGACUUGUUCAUGGCUGAGAAAUCUAAUGACCUGCCUGCCACUCCCUAG